AUGGCUUUCAAUACUUCCUCGUCCGAUAUCGAAAGCCUCCCCGCAGGCUUCGAUAUCCGCGUGAUAACCAAGGAGCGCCCCCCAGUUAAAGGCGAGUCCUGCUGGGGCUUCACCUUGAGCCGCCACAACAGGCUGCACGCCCUUGUCAUGGGUGAGUACUGGUCCAGUAUCAGCCUCCCCGUCAUUGUCUUUGUGGAGCCGAAUCCAGGGGAAGAGCGCUUGUUUACACUCGUGGAGAGGCCCGACAUCGAGGAGGCCAUGGCCCGGACGGAUGUGCCCCAGGUCGGCCAGCGGUCUGUGGGGUGGAUGUUGCAUCCCGAUAUGAAGGAUGGCAAAAUCAAGGUGUGGAAGGGGCCUGGUGUUGUCACGACGGUUAGCACUGAUUUUAAGCUCGAAAUGGUGAAACCGUUCAAGCGCGAUGAUCCACGCCAUCUGAGUAAUUGGCCUGCCGGUCUAUUUGGGAGGCUGCUGCGUGCGAGGUUGGAGGAGUUGGAGGCACAAGAUCAGCAGGCUCCUGCCGGUCAAGCUCCAGAUCCAGCGAUUGCCCGUAUCCAGCAGAUGUUGGAGCGGCUGAGUGUUGACCAGAGCGAUGAAACAUUGCCCGAUGCACCUCCUCCUGACCAUCCCGAGGGGAACUCUCAGUAA